AUGCACCCACUACAUGAGUUUUCCAAAUGUCGAAAUAAGCUAUCUUCGCAUAUAGUCGUCGGGAAAGGAUUAGCCUACUCCGCGUCAAGCUCAAUGGGUGCUAGGUUUAUGGCCGUCACGAAAAAAAAUCAAUCGAUCCAUCUAAGACUAUGA